AUGGAGGAGGGGGGCAAAGCCCCUGUUUUCCUCAAACAGGCCUCAAAUGUCGAAGUCUGGCAGGGAGAUGUAGCUAGGUUCUCUGUUACUGUCACUGGCAGCCCCACUCCCAAAAUCCAGUGGUUUUUCAACAGUAUGAAGCUAACGCCAUCCACAGACUGUAAGUUAGUGUUUGCUGGCAAUGACUACAGCCUCAUCCUCCCCUAUGCCAGUGUGCAGGAUGAGGGUGAGUACACAUGCACGGCCAUCAAUGAGCAUGGCGAGACUACGUGCAGCGCCCACCUCCACGUGCGGCAGCAGGUACCGGGUGUCCCUUGGUUUGCCAGGGAACCAGACAAUGUGAGGUGUGCACCAGGUUUUACUGCGGUCUUUGAGUACACCGUGGCUGGGGAGCCAUGCCCUGAUGUGCAGUGGUUCAAGGGGAGUGAGCAGGUCUUCUCUGAUGCGCGUCAUGCUGUUGCUCACCAUUCUGAUGGCUCGGGCUCCCUGACAGUGUGGGAAUGCAUGGAGGAGGACACUGGGCUCUACACAUGCAGGGCAAUGAGCACACUGGGCGAGGCCACAUGCUCUGCUGAGCUUCUUGUGCUGCCCGAGGAACAUGCUGUGUGCAGGCAGAGCCCAACAUUGCAGUACUCAGCGGUGGCAGAGUACUCCUACGAGGAGGCUGGUGAUCUCUGUUCCAUGGAAGAAGCCAUCAGCCUUGAGGCUGUGAGAGAGCCCCUGGCCCUCCUUCAGCUCCAGACAAGCCAGACGGAGCACGUGCUGCCCAGGGAGGACAUCUUACCUGGACUGCCACCAACCUGCCUGGCUGCACAGAGUGUUGAGGCAAUGCUUACCCAGGUGGCCACAACACAAGAAAGCAGUGGGCUUUUGGCAGAGCCACUGCAAACCCUCCCUGCUGGCUCCCAGGGUGAGGUGCCUGCUGCAGCGAUGGAAACGCGACUGCCGGGCUGCCUUGGGACUGUAGCUGCACAGAUACUCUUGCCCAAAGAGCAAGUCCUCCCCAAGGCAGCAGAGGAAACGGCUGCUCUGAAAACAGAGGCUUCCCAAGCCCUACUACAGGUGUCAAGCACCACUGAGAGUUGUGCCAUAGAUGAUGGCCACAGCCAGGUCCUUGAGGGCUUCCGGGCAAUGCAAGGUGAGCUGAAGGCUGAAGUCAGAUUUCCCUCUGAAUUUGCCUUUACUGAGGGCCAAGCUGUCCCUCUGGAGAACACUUCAUCCUUGGAAGGAGCAGAGGAAGAUUUUGCUGCAAGAAUCCAUGAGGGCCGAUCUGUGAGGUUUCCCCUGCUGCUAGAAGAAAACCAGCCCCUGGAGAAGGAACAUGUUGUUGACCUUGCCAGCUCACCUAGGCAGCAUCCAAGGGUGGGAAGACAACCACAUGAAACAAUGCACACUCACCAGCUCCAGCCAAGCCAAGUCCUCAACAAAGAAAUCCAGGUCCCUGCUCAGAUUCCCAAGAUAUCCAACUUGGACAUAGAGUCUCAAAUUAGGAAUGCACUGAAAGCUGCAGUAGUAAGUGAGCAAAACAUUUUGUUUUCAGAAUGGUUGGCUGAUAAAGAAGAUGUUGAAGUACAGACAAUAAACAUCACCAAGGAACACAAACACACCAUAUGCACCUAUGUGGUGACCACAAGAGGACUCAGUCCUGUAGAAAUCCCAAUUUUUUUGGGAGAAGUCAGCAUUCAGACAGCUAACCCAAAAAUGGUCUUGAAGGAGGCUUUCUAUUCCCUUGUUUGUGAAGAAAAACAUCUCUUGACAGAUGAAAAAUCUGAAGCGUUGCCAGUGCAUCCCAGUUCACUUCUCUCAGGAAAAUCCUGUGAUGAAACCAGUGAACUGGAGCUCCAGAGGGCUGAAAGGACUACAGAGGCAGAAAUACCCUUGGAGAAGCCUUUGUGUGCACAAAUGAUCAACACUGUGACUGGGCAUGGUCAAAUCAAGGAUGUGGGUGCAGCUGCAGCCACUGCUGAUGUAGCCUCUGCAAGCGUUCCCAUUGAGGCACCCACAGGAAUACUGAAAAGGAAGGAGAAAAGGGAAGAAAUAUGCGAGGAAGGAGGUAGAGAGGGUCUGGAAACUAGAGCUGGAAAGCUAGAGGAUGAGCAGGACAAAGAGGGCUAUCCCAUCAUACAGAGCAAACUGGUUGACACUGUUGUGGAGGAAGGGGAGAGUGUCAGUCUGGUGUCUAUCAUAACAAAUGUCAGAGAGGUGAACUGGUAUUUUGAGGGUAAACUGGUGUCUUCAGGUGACAAAUUCAAGUGUUUUCAAGAUCAAGACACAUACACACUAGUAAUAAGCAAAGUGUGUGGGGAGAUUCACGAAGGAGAGUACACCUGUGAGGCACUGAAUCAAGAUGGAAAAAGAGCAACUGCAGCAAAACUCACAGUUGUUAAAAGAGGUUGGAUUAUGAAGAUAAAAUCCUGCCUUUCUAAUACACUGCUCUGUUAA